CGAAUGGAGCUGAAGACUUUCUCUGGGUUCCCGGAAGAGGAGACGCGGUCUUCGUGCAGCGGGGCAGUGGUCGCGGUAUGUGUGUGGUAUGGAGGGUAAGAGAGUGGAGAUUCCAACCGGAGUACUGGACGACUUGUGCAGCCGAUUCAUUCUACAUAUUCCAAGUGAAGAAAGGGACAAUGCAAUCAGAGUCUGCUUUCAGAUUGAGCUGGCCCAUUGGUUUUACUUGGACUUCUACUUGCAGAACACACCAGGAUUGCCUCAGUGCGGGAUAAGAGAUUUUGCCAAAUCUGUCUUCAACCACUGUUCAUUUUUACUUCGGAAAGGAGAUGAUGUGGAAAAGAUUUUAGAUGAAUGGAAGGAAUACAAGAUGGGAGUUCCAACAUAUGGUGCAAUUAUACUAGAUGAGACACUGGAAAAUGUCCUUCUUGUUCAGGGUUAUUUGGCAAAAUCUGGAUGGGGCUUCCCAAAGGGUAAGGUGAACAAAGAGGAGGCUCCACAUGACUGUGCCGUGAGAGAGGUUCUGGAAGAAACAGGAUUUGAUAUAAGAGAUCGCAUUUGUAAAGAUGACUACAUUGAACAAAGAAUCAAUGAUCAAUUAGCUCGAUUAUACAUAAUACCAGGUGUUCCAAAGGAUACAAAAUUUAACCCUAAAACAAGAAGAGAAAUACGGAAUAUUGAAUGGUUCUCUAUUGAGAAGUUGCCAUCUCAUAAGAACGACAUGACUCCCAAGUCAAAACUGGGUUUAGGACCCAAUAAGUUUUUCAUGGCUAUUCCAUUUAUAAGGCCACUAAGAGAUUGGAUAUCAAAGAACUAUGCAGAUUCUUCAGAUAGCGAUGGACUUGUAUCGAAUAGCACAACGCCAUCUAAAACUUUAUUUGAAAGGAUAAAUGCAAGAUCAAGAGUUCGACAGAAUCAGCAGUUAGUUGAUAGAUUUACAGGAGAACAAUGGGCAUGCUCAGUUAAACACAGACCACAGCAGAAGGCAUUCAGUCAAACCAAUCAGUGUGACCCUUUGGAGACAAUGAAGAGUAAGUCACAUAAUAUCAGGGGUAAUGGCAGGAAACAGCACCAAGACACUCCAAACCAGAAAAAGAAGUCCAAUGGAAUAAACAAUCAGCAGGCCAAACAAUAUCAAAUAUUGAAAUCUGAUAAAAAACUUCAGCCAAGACGACUGCAGGACAAUUUUGGAAUGGGUGCAGUUUGUGAACUUUGCAGCUCAGAUCAGCUCAUGGAAUAUUCUGGGACAUACAGAUCAGGUUCUGAUCUCUCUGAUUCCUGCAAUGGACACUCUGAUUUUAAUUUUUCAUCCAAUGCCUUUCUCAGCUUCAAGUUUGAUCGAGAUGCAAUAAUGAAGUGCUUUGACUUAUGACUGAAUGUUGGUCUUUGUGAAAGGAUUAGAAGAUUGAAUGGAACAUAGUUACAAGAUCAUUGAAGACUGGCUUUCGUGCUUGGCGUGAAAGGGCCCUAAGGAUUUUAGAGAUUUUUAAAAAUAUAGAUUAACAUAUUGUCAUGUUUAAAAUGAUUUAGUGUUUUUACACUAUUACCUUUUCAGUAUUUGGAAUUGGCCAUAAAUUUUCUCAGGUGGUUCUUUCAACAGUGCAGAACAGGAGAACAUAUAUUUAACUAGUCUUUCCUUUGUUCACAUUCCUGCCUUAUAUUCUACUAUGCUCUUUCCCUUCUCUUUCCAUUUGGACUACUCUUUCAAUUGAAAGCACUGACGGAUACCUGUUUAUUUUUCAAGUGGAGAUUUUGAAAGACAAGGUUGUUGUGGAUAAUUUUAUUUAUGCAGUUCAAUGAGUCUCAAUUUUGGUGAUAUUCACACAUGGUCCAGAUACUGGGUAUUUUUUUGUUCCCAGAUGUACCUUUGUACAGUUUCUAUUUUAUUGUCCGUGUCGUUACAUAGAGUUCAACUGUUUCCGUUUUACAGACUGUUCACUCCAGUUGUUCCCAGAUCCAGUAGUCCAGUAGCAUUGAUAGAUUUCUCAAUUUAUUCUGCAGCUUUUGGUGCUGUUUUAAAAAUAUUCCUCAUUUUUUUCAUACAUUAAUACCACAGAAAUUAGUGAUGAUAAUGAGACACUCACUACUGAUUUUAAAAUAGACCAAGAGAUGAGAAUGUAGCCUUUUCCCCUCUAUCACUCAAAGGUCAAUUGAGUAGUGAAUUAAAACCUACAAUUUGGAAAAUAUUAUAAGAGGUAACUUGAUUUAUUAAAACCCAUUGAUUCAAGUGGCUAUUGUUAAUGUUUUUUGAAGAAAACCACCUGUCUAGGUGUGUUUGUAAGAAUAUUGAAAUACCUUGGUGAUGUAAACUGAUACUUUAUGGCCAAAAUUUCAUCAGCCUUGAUAACUAAUAGGCCAGAAUUUACCACAUAGUUAGCUAUACAAUGCGGAAAUAAGCUUAGUGAGAUGAAGAACAUACUUCUGAAGAAUUAUUUCAAGUUUUUCUAGUCAGUUCACCUAUUUUAUGGAGAUACGAGAUGCAAUUGUGACUUUUAUCCUAUUGCAGGAGAAAAAAUCUCGAGCAGCAUAACAUCAUGAUUUUAACGACAUCAGUUGUACACUGCAAAACUAGUAUUUGUCAUAUAAAUAGUUUAAUAUAAAGUACUUUAAUAUUUCAAGUUUUAAGAUUACUCAAUUUGUCAUACAAGUAAUCUGUAUGACAUAGCAGUGCAUUUGGAUAGUACAGAAAUAAUCAAAUAAAUUAUGAUGGUACACUCUUUGGUACAAUAUGUAUCCUUUUUUAUUAGUAUUAUAUAAUUUUUUAUUAUAUCCUGUGAACACAGGAUUUUAAAACUUUGGUAGUAUUAUUGUAAUAAUGUGUACAUUUGUUUAUUCCAUUUUCAUUCAGUGGGAGAAUUUUGACAAAAGAUGUAGAUUUUAGAAUUGAGAUUUUUAGCUUUAAAAAAUAAAACCUAUUUACAUACGAAUAGGUUCCUUGGGUUGGAAUUUAUUUUAAAACUGACUACGUGUUUUACAUUCUGAUAGUGUUUAGUGCUAUUAAUAAUUAUGGAUGCCACUUGCACCUUGUGCUGAUUUUCUGUUUCAUUUGCAUAGGGCAAAAGGCAAAAUUUGCUGUGAAUUUGUGCGGUUGAGUCUUUUAUAAUUAUAAUUUCUGUCUAGGAUGGUGGUGAAUAUUUGUGGCUCUGGUUGAGGUGUUUGAUGUUGCAGUGUUCACCGAGCUUGGCAAUUAGCUGUUAGAUGUUUCAUCACAAGUCGAGGUGACAUCCUCAGUGCGCAGUUGUUGGUGUUUCUCUCUGGGAGUGCUUGCGUUUGUGUAGGCCACUGUUCACUUGUCUCCGUCCCGAUUGGAUACCCCUUCAGUUGACCUUUAAAUUCUAUUGUCUUACUUUUCUUUGGCUGUUUGGCGUUUGUGUAUGGCAUCUAUUUCGAUAUGUUUGUU